CGCCUUCGUACUUCGGGACUGCAUGUGGAGCGGCUUCUCCGCGCGGGAGAAGCUCGAGCGGGCCGUCACUGAGAAGCUGCAGGCGGGCCCGCGAGGGGCCAAGACCGCAGCCGCUGCCUCCACGCCGCCCGCCAGGGCUGCGGCUGUCCCGCCCCCCGGGGCCGCGGAGCUGUGCAACCCGGCCUCGGAGUGUGUGGAUCCCGCCGUGGUCUUCCCCUUCCCGGUGACCCAGCGCGAAGGCGCCCCCGCCAGCGUAUCGGGGGGCUCCAGGCAGCACCCUCGGGGCCCCGGGGGAGACACCAGGACCAACAGCUGCUCCGGGGACGACACCCUGAGCGACUCGGAUGAUGAAGAGGAGGAGGAGGAAGAGGAGGAGGAGGAGGAGGAGGAGGAGAUCGAUGUGGUUACGGUGGAGAAGCGGCGCGCGGCGGCCUCCAGCAGCCCCAAGGCGGUCACCACGUUCACCAUCACGGUGCGGCCCAAGAGCUUGGCCCCCGCGGCCCCCCCG